CUUCUUAGCCAAUUGCAUAAGCCUAACUUCCCGCCAUUACGCCUCGUGGUGGGGGAAAGCUGCAGCAUUCUUUAGUUCUAUGUAAAAUUAGAAGACAUUACUAAUCUAGGCGCUUAAAGCAGAGAAAACAACUAAGUGGUUCAGAUAUGGCUGAUCCAGAAAAGGGUAUUGAUACUGCAGAAGGUGUGGAAGAAGUUGAAGAAAUGGAAGAUGAAGGAAAAACAAGCAUGAGUUUGUUGACAGCUGAGAUGAUGAAAAAUCCACAAGUUCUAGCAGCUCUACAGUCUAGACUAGGUAGUAUGAUAGGUUCUCCAUCAGGAUACAUAGAAAGCUUACCAAAGUCAGUGAAACGUAGAAUCAAAGCCCUAAAGAAUUUACAGUUAGAAUGUACGAGACUUGAAGCAAAGUUUUAUGAAGAAGUACAUGCACUAGAGUGCAAGUAUGCGGAUUUAUAUAUGCCCUUUUUUGAAAAACGAAAUGAAAUUAUUAAUGGAAAAGUUGAACCAACAGAUGGGGAAUGUGAUUUUCCUUCUGACUCUGAAAAAGAUGAUGAUGAAAUAACAAAUGAACUCAAAAAGAAGACUAAAGUAGAAUCUAAGGAAAAUAAAGAUAAUGAAAACAAAGAACAAAAUGAAACACAGAAUGAUGAUACUAAGGGUAUCCCAGAGUUCUGGUUAACAACAUUUAAAAAUGUUGAAAUGAUAUCGGAAAGGAUUCAGGAACAUGAUGAGCCUAUCCUUAAAGACCUUACAGAUGUUAAAGUGAAAUUAUUAGAUUCUAAUCCAAUGGGUUUUACAUUAGAGUUCCAUUUUAAGCCAAAUGAAUAUUUUAGUAAUACAUUACUAACCAAGGAUUAUGAAAUGAGAUGUGUACCAGAUGAAGAUGAUCCUUUUGGAUUUGAAGGACCUGAAAUUUUUAAGUGUAAAGGGUGUACCAUUGAUUGGAAAAAAGGAAAGAAUGUAACAAUGAAGACCAUCAAGAAAAAACAGAAACACAAGUCCAGGGGCUCAGUUAGAACAGUCACAAAAACAGUUCAGAAUGAUUCCUUCUUUAACUUCUUCAGCCCUCCUACAGUACCAUCGGAUGAAGAACAGUUGGAUGAAGACACUCAAGUUCUCUUGGCAGCAGAUUUUGAAAUGGGUCAUUUUAUUAGAGAGAGAAUUGUUCCAAAAGCUGUUUUGUAUUUCACUGGAGAGGCCUUACAAGAUGGGGAUUUUGAUGAAGAAGAGGAAGGUGAAGAGGAGGAAGCUGAGGAUGAAGAAAAAGAUGAUGACGAAGAUGAAGAUAAUGAUCCUGAUUAUAAUCCCCAGAGUGACAAAACAGCUAAAAAACAACCACCACCUGAAUGUAAACAACAAUAAGACCUCCAGCAAACUGGACUCUGUUAGCUUAGUUGCUCUCUUUCCUGGGGCCAGGAUGAGACUUUGCCAUUAUGUAAUAAUUGUUUUAUGAAAUAGGCUCUCGUAUAUUAAAGAAUGUCUUAAGAAUGAAAUGCAUUUACUGAAAUAUCGUUGUGAAGCUUUCUCCAUUUCCAGGUUACAUUUUUGUACUUUAUUUUUAUGUUGGCUAGAAUUUAAUUUAUCCAGGUUUUGAAUUGCAAAAGUUGUCAGCAGUUUUUAUUCACAUAUGUAUAUUGUUGGAAGACUGAUGGUAUUGUGGUUAUAUGAAGAAUCCAUCCAUCAGGUGUGCACCAAUUUCCUCCACAUAUUUGUGACACUUUGCUGUUUUUGUGUAUAUUUUCUAUAACCUGAUUUUUUCUUGUACUUCAUGAAGCAAAAAUAAAAGUGGAUCUCUGUUAA